GGGGCCAAGCGCAGCGCCCGUUAGCUGCGGGGUCCCGCGCCGUGGGCUUGGCCACGCGAUCUGCAGCCGCUUCCCCGUGCCGUGGCUGCAGCCGGGGGAGUGCCCGAGCUCCCGGCCGUGCCGCGGGGGUCCCCAAGAAGAGGCACCGGGGUUCCAGCUUGACCUUGGGGCCGGGCACCCACAGCGCUGGAGACCAAAGUGUCCCGUGGAGAGGGGACAGGAGGGUGGCGGAGCUGCGCCCACCCGGGGCUGCGCCGGGAGCGGGGGGAUGACGAAUCCCCACCCUCCUCAAGCUGCCCCUGAUGAUCUCAAAGCACAGGACACGGGUGUCACCACAAGGCCCCCAGGAGGGGACGUUUCUCUGCAGAGCUGGGGACGACUGCAGUGUCCUCACUGGGGACACCGGCUGGAGCAGGGCACCCCUCGCUCCCCGAGGCCACCCCGGCAGGGACUGAGCUGCUGUCACCGUGCUUUGAGAUCUCGUGGCCAGCACCGAAGCCACGAACGCCUGCGGCCGUGUCCCCCCCACGGAGCCCCGCCACACAUGGGGACACCGGGACGAGCCGAGGCGGCCAAGCCGGGCAGCGGGGACAUGCGGGGAGCAGCGGGGAGCGCGCACACCCGGGGGGCAGAGGCAAGGAAAGGGAAGGGGCCGAUCGCAGCAAGCCGGGGCGGACUCAAAGCGUGCGGCGAGGAAUUUAGGAUUGCUGCGUCCCUCCGCCCGGCCCCCCCUUCCCCCUCUCCCCAGGCGGAGCCUGCAAAGUUUGGGCUUGGAACCUCAGCCGGCACCGGGGGAUGCGGUGGGGCGACGCCGGGGGGUGACGCACCCCAGGGGAGGUUGGCGCUGGGGUGCACCGGGGGGGUGCCGGGCACGGCCGGGCUGAGCUGGUCCCCAAAAGCACCGGGAGCCCCAGGACUUUGCCCCACGGUGCUGCAGCGCUGCCCGCUGUCCCUCUGCCCCCUCUUCUUUCCCUUCCCCUGCUCCACCCCAAGGAGCAUCCCCGGGACUCCCCCAGCGCGCCCGAACCACGUGCAUCGAGGAGAGGAAACGCUGAGCGAUGGGGAAUGCUCGGAGCCGAGCACAAACCCUUUGGAGAUGUUUCGGCCCCCAUCUGGAAAUAAAACGGGUGCAGGGGCUCCUUCCCGGCUGCUUUGGCUCGGCUCCGCUGCUCAGCUCGGCUCCGGGAACAAAACCGGGAGCCCCGGGGCCACCCCAGGGACCCGCGGGGGGGUCUGCAGCAAACGCACCCACCAGAAAGGGGGGCAGAAAGGGGUUGUUCCACACCCCCAUCCCCACGGGACCCCCCCCGAGCGUUCAAAGCGCGGCUGCAGCCAGCCCUGGGCACCGCAUCUGCUGAGGUUCCAAGUGGAAAAGGCUCCGGCCCCUUUCCAGGUCUGUGGGAUUUUUGUUCUGGCCCGGGUGCCCCCUCCUGUACCCCCCUCCCCAACCCGCCGGCUGCAGCUAAUCCUAAAUUCUGAGUAGCACAAGCCUGGGGCGGGGGGGGCAGGGGGGGUGA